GCGUCGCUCAUUAUCGCCGGCUCAGUUGAUGCUGGUCUUUGCAGAGGGGACUUCGCGUACUUCUUUUUCUUCAUCCUCCGCUCGGUUAAAAGCUCCGAUUCCCACCACCACGAAUUCCAGUCAGUCUCAGCUGAAAACCUUCGUCUGAUUGAGAUCCAGCUGGAGUGAAGGCCCGGCGCGGAAGAGACGAGUUGAGCGUGGUGCCGUGCGUGGAGCCUGCGUGCACUGGUGUUUGGCCGCGUCAAUUGCCUGCUGGAAGCACACGCAUAGAGCGAAGCGCGCGCGGCGUGAUGUCGGUCGUAUCGACUGCCACUCUGGCGCUGCCGUGCGGCGGCGCCGACGCAAUCCUGUGCAGCACCACCGGCGGCAGGGGGUUGGUCGAGGGCGAGGGGUGGUGGGACGGCGUGCGGUCGGCUGCCAGUGUGCUCGGGACCGCGCCGCAGGACACAACCCCACACAGAGCAGCCCCCCAGUACAGCCAGCAGCGCGCCAGGCGAGCCCUCAGCUCGGCCAUUCUGGGCCCGGCCCUGCACCCGAGGCCCCCGAAGCAGCAGCCCCCCGUCGUCAAGUCAAGCCCCACGCCGCCUGCGAACACUUUGGGGCCGCUUAGAUCUCCACCCCAACGUGAAAUGGAAGUGGUGCCAUAUGGAAAAAAUUUUCGCUUGGUUCCAGAAGACGAGCUGCCUGAACUCUUGGACUAUUUGUCUCAACAUUUGCCGCAAUCGCUGAAAUUUCAACAGACAUUGAAAACGUUUUUGACCGAUCGUGUCUGGGAUUUUCAUUUCUACGUGACUAAAGACUGGCCGCAGGACCCGGUGGUUCUUCAUUUCCCUGGAAUCACCCACCCGCCAAAUGGUUUGCUGUACGAGAGCUUCAGCGUUUUCUGUCCGAACGACCGGCUGGACGCGCUGCAGCUGCUGCAGACCGAAGAUAUGCUCAUUGACUGGACGCGGCCCUUGUACCUUAACUUCACCCCUAAGAUUAUCUUCGAGAAGCUGCAAGAGUUCUACACACACAUCGGGAGUAUUGAGACUGUUGAAGGAGAUGUCUACAUCAGCGUCCAGGACCCUCCACCCCUCCAGGAGACUGAGCUGCCUCCCGAGGUGGAGCUCCGGCAGCUGUGCAAGAAGGACGCAAAAGCCAUCCACGACCUGUAUCCCGCCCGAGACAUGGAGUGCCUGGAUGCGUUCGAGAAGUGCAUCGACACGCUGCCCGCAUACGGCAUCUUCGCUAAGGACGCCGCGGACGUCGAAGACGCGGAGAAAAGGCCGGCCGCUUGGAUGGUGCAGAGCUACUACGGUGCCAUGUUCUCCAUGCAGACUUUGCCCGAGUUCCGUCGCAAGGGCUACGGGAUCUUUCUAGCCAAGCGGCUGACCGCGGCCGUCAAGAAGCGCGGCUACGUGCCGUUCGUGGUCAUUCGACCUGAGAACGCGGCCUCGCAGAGCCUUUAUCUGAAACUAGGUUUCGAGAAGCUUUACCAGACGGUCAGGGCUGUGCUCCAACCUAGACCGAUUAGUGAGAUUCAGACCGAUGAGACACAAUCCAGCAGCAAGUGCUGCCACGCGGAUAGCGCUAACGAGAUCAACCACCAGGAGAACGGGAAAAUUGAUUGCCUCGAGAUUAAGAAUGGGGAGCUGGCCUAAUUUCCUUGAUCGAGGCCCUUUCCGAACCGAUAUUUGAUUUUUAUUUCGCAGCUCGCCGCGGUUAAUAUAUGCAACUUUUCUCGAGUUAACUUCAAUUCAAGAGAUGCUUUGACUUGUCGGCGGUAUUUCCGAGUGGAGGGGCUUCCUGUCUUUUAUCUAUUUUCAAAAAUCAAUUUUUGUGGAGUAAUAAUGUUUGAAAAUUAUUUAAAACUCACUUAUUAAAUAUUCAGAUUCAAAAGGGAACCGUUUUUAACUACUUGCUUUAAAAUUGAGCAAUGAGAAUCAGAGAGUGAAGCCAUGAUAUUAUUAUUUAAACAAUAUCGUUGAUCCCUGAAUGUGUUUGAAUUUCACGAAAUUUUAAAAAUAUUUCGAUAAAAACUUCUCAGUCAAGUAGCAGUCGAUAUUACUCCCUUUUUGAAAAGUAGCUGUACAUCUAUUUCUAAUUUUCCAUCUCAAAUCGGAAAAUUCGUCACAAUGUCAAGCGAGUUCAAAAAUUUAAUUUUGCGAAGGUCAAGUCCGUGCGAGCUUCAGCGGCCGCAUGUAACUGCAUUUCCAAUGAUUUGCUCAAUUUGCUGACAUUCCCACCUUGUAAUUAGUCUGUGCAAUCUCCCAUUAAACUCACCGCAAAGUCCUUAAUUGUUAUUGUGAUUUUUGAGCUUAGCAAGGCGGCGCGUAUAGGCAAACGUAGUGCAAACGGGGAACAGAGUGCUCAAGAGUAGCAAAAUCAAACAAGGCAAUCGGUGCAGUUAUAGUGUGCCGCCGCUGACUUGAUUCGCCGGCUCGACCUAAAACACUUUCUGUUGUGCAAAAAGAUUUUUCUCAACGCAAUAUUCAAACCACCAUUCAAAUUUUAGCCCUUGUAACCAGCAAGCAUACAUUCUAGCUGCUGCAUGCAUUACUAUAUCUUUGCACGUAGCUAGGCGCGAUGAAAAAUAGCUUUUAAAAAUGACGACGGAAAACAUCUUACUCACUCUCCACACGAGUAAACUAAAAGAAAAAAAACACACGUCUCUUACUAUAAAAGUAACUCUUAAGGGCUUGAUUACACAAAUCUUGUACGGAGCAAGAAUCAGAAAAAUGCGUAAUUGGUAAAAAAAAAAAUUAUUUAUAAGUGUCGCACUUAUUUUACAUUUUAUGCCUACGUGGCCAACCGACCGAGAAACAUUACAUGCGAAGGCGAGAAUACUGUUAUGUUGUAUUGCUGUUAAGUAAUUGUAAGGUAUUCGGAAGAAUUACACACAAAAAGCCUGAGGUUAAUCUCUUUUGCGCUAUCUAUCUGGAUCGUAUGACAAGUCUUGAUGUAACAUGUACGAUAGAGAUUUUUAGGUGAAGAGCAAAAAUACACUCAUAAUUACAUAUGAAUGUAAAACUAUUAAAUUUGUAAGGUGUAAGGAUUUUUGAAACUAAAAACGAUUAAAUGCGGCCACUCCCGUGAAGGCGGACGUGAGAUUUCAUUUGGGCGUGCAUAUGGGAGCCAUGCAUUACUUCAAGAUCCGUCCCUAGGGUGGAAAAGUUAAGGCAGCAGGUUUGUUUCUCGCUUGACCACCUGUGAUUCGAGUGUUAAACAAGUCACCUGUUGCCCUUUUGUGGAUGAGGGAAUUAAAAAAGCAGCGCGGCCCAGUUGUAAGUCGCACGGUGACCUUGGGAGUCGGCGGCCUAUCGAGAAUGAGGCAAAACGUUUUAUAUUCUAUUGAAACUUUAGAAAAGGGACUUUCCGCUGGCGGAUUUCGUUUAUAAGGAAAUGCGUUAGCCUUCUAAAACGAACUAGGUGUUUUUCGAAUCUGAAGACAAAGCAGUGAUUGUUGGAAAGAAACUGGACGCGCAGUUGUUUUUCCGUACUUUUCACAUGCGCACCUAAAGCAGUAGGCAGAUUCGGCGACAAUUUUUAUCAAGCGGUGAUGAAGACGAAUUAGCACAGGACGAGUUAUUUAUUUUUUCAAAGUGACGAGUAUAUAAUUUUUGACUUCAUUAGCUGAAAAGGAACACAUAAUAUUUUAAAUCUAUAGUUGUUAGCAAGGAAAAACCGCUUCAACUUACGCAUUACAAGUAGUGUCGAUAGUUUCUUACCGUAGGGUCAUUAUUAGCAAAAUUCUGUCUGAUUUUGUACGUUUCGUGAAACUAUGUUUUAGUAAGUUUCUACACAUAGUAAAACGUUUUAUGUUUUAAGCAAAUUUCCACUUCCAGAAUACGCACAGAUUGAUCAGUAUGAUUUAGCGAAGCGAUCAUAUUUGCCUGUCUCAUAAGCAGAAUAAUGCGUGAUCUUCGUCCCGUUUCUGUUGGCAAUUUUCGCGCCAGCUCUGUCUCAUCAGCAGAAAAAUGUGCGAAUAUCUUUUAGUAUUUUUCACGUUGCAUACCGGUGUAAGAAUUUAUUCUAAAAAAUCUUAGCAAAGUUGAAAUUCAUCUCUUGACCACACACCUUUUCAAAUAUCACGUGGGACUUGUACUAUAUUUACCCACUACUCAAUUUAUGAAUGUUUACUCUAUUUCGAAAUGGAAAAAGAGAAAGCUUUAAGCAGAUAAUUUCCCCCUGCACUUUGAUGUGUAAUCACCGAUCUUGCAGCUCUUUCGAGUCGUCUCCGAAUGAUGCUUCAGACUUUGUCAAAACGUUUGAUAUCCACACAUCAUUUAGCUAUAUAUUUAUGUUUGUAAAUGUUUGAUUUUGUUCACGCAACAUUCCACGCGCGAUUGACGUGACAUUAUGGAAACUGUUCUCGGGAGAAGUCUCUUCUUUUGUUUGAUUUUUCUUCACACUUCAGUCGGAAUGAUUUGUCGUUCGAGAUGUAGAAAGCAAAAAACACUUCAAACUGUUAACAUGCAAAAUGCGUCUUUCAACACUAUUCAUAUCGAUUAUUAGGAGAUUUCAAAAGUCUUGAUGCUUCCUCUGAAAUUUGAAAAGAAAAGAAACGACAAACACAAAAUUUAAAAACACACCACUGCCUUGUAAACGCAAAAGAAAAUAAAUUUUUGCCUUGAACUCCAAGAA